CCUCAUCUGUUUUUCAUUCAAAUCAUUCUUCCUCCACAUAAUUACUCCACAAAUAUUUGAUUUUAUUAAAUAUGUCAACAGCUAAAAACUACUUUUCCGGCAACGGCUUGCUUCCGGUGGAGAAGUCUAGUUUUGCCAAGACUUGUAAUCGACUGAGUCUGUUUCUGAAAGAGAAAGGCAAUCUAAUCGAUCUUGGAAUCAAUGCAAAUUUUGACGUCAUAGGAAAACCAGAAAGAUCUUCCGAGGCGACGGCGACGACGACUGUUGAUUUGUUAAGCAAAAUGGAAAGUCCGAUUGAGAAAUCCAUAAAAACGGAGGAAUCAAUGAGUCAUCUUCCUCAAUAUGGUAGCUUGGAUUCCUUCUUUAACAAAACUGGUUCCAAUAAACAGAAUGAGUCAAAAACAGAGCAAAUGACGAUUUUCUAUGGAGGACAAGUGUUGGUAUUUGAUUGUGUUUCGGCUGAUAAAGCGAGAGAUCUGAUGUUAGCAGCCACUAGUGUUUCUGCUUCUCCUAAUAAUCAAAUCCAUAAUCGUCUUCAACUGGCUUCAUCUUCGGACUCUUUCGGAUCAGAACAUGUUCUUCAAGGAUUACAAGAAAACGGAUCAGAUUUGCCAAUUGCGAGACGAGUAUCACUUCACAAGUUCCUGGAGAAGAGAAAAGACAGAGCUACCGGAAGAGCGCCUUACCAAUUACACAAUCCGUCAUCUUCAAAUCGGAAAUUUGACCUCAAUUUGUAGAAUAUUUUCAGAUCAAAAGAAAUAUAAUUAUUUAUCAAUGGAUAUUCAUACUCCUUCC